GGCGUUAUCAAUUAAUUUAAGUUCCCAUUAAUUAAUUGAUGAACCUGUCGUUCAGACAAGAAGUGCUCUGUCAUCAUUACUCAACGGCUACUUCUCUAAUUGUCUCUUUCCUUCUUCCUCCUCUGUUCUAGUUUUCGAAGAUAGUCAAUUACGGUUUGGUUAAUAUCUCGUCGAUUGCAAUGGAAGCGAGAACCGGCCGGUAUGUUCAAGAGCAUCCAUCGACGCCGGCGCCGGUUCCUCCGCCUUCAACGCGGCGGCCAAGGGUGAGAGAAGUCAGCUCGAGAUUCAUGUCUCCGGUUUCUUCUUCUUCCUCCUCCGGCGGAGAUCUCCAUUCGAAUUCUCCGAGGCAUCUUAACCACAAUCACCAACAGCACCAGAAGUCUAGACGGCAGUUGAAAUUAUCAGACGGAGGUGAGAACCGAUCUUCCGAGACUGCGCGUAGCCUACACUCGCCUUUUCCUCUUCAACAAAAACGAUCAAAGCCGUUGAAAGAGAACCGUCUCGACACUCCGACGACGGUGCUACCUCCUCCGUCCAGAUCUCGAUUGAACCAACAGCGUUUGCUUACCUCCUCAGCGGCGGCUAGGCUUCUCCGGUUAUCUGUCUCCACGGACGGUGAAGAAGACUACGACAGAGAGAAAUCCAACGACUCAGAUCACGCAAAGCUCUUCAACACUCCCGCCUCCUCACCUCUUCGCCGAUCCCUGAGUUCAUCUUGCCACGACGUUAGAGCUUCACUGUUGAUUAAAGGUUCGUCAUUGCCUCCCGUGGCACCUAACUCGAAGAGUCAAGCCGAUACGAAGAGACAGAAGAAAGCUUUAGGACAACAAGUGGAUACACACUGUCUGAAACUGCUUCAGAACCGCUACUUGCAAUGGAGAUUCGCAAAUGCAAGUGCUCGGGUCAAAACACAAGCUCAGAAAGCUCAAGCCGAGAGGAUGUUUUACUCGCUCGGUUUGAAAAUGUCAGAGCUCUCCGACUCUGUGCAGAAGAAACGCUUAGAAUUGCAAAGACUAUUAAGAGCAAAAGUUGUGAAGGAGAUUGUGGAGUCUCAAAUUCCUUAUUUAGAACAAUGGGAAACUCUUCUUGAAGAAGAAUACUUAACUUCAGUAUCAGAAACAUCCGAAGCUUUAUUGAAUGCUUCGUUGAGGCUCCCUCUUGAUGCUGAUAUCAAAGUUGAGACUAAAGAGUUAGCUGAAACACUUGAUGUUGCCUCAAAGUCAAUGGAAGGCAUUGUGCAAAACAUUAGAAACUUUCUGCCUAAGACACAAGAGAUGGAGCCGUUGAUGUCCGAACUAGCUAGAGUAAGCAGCAAUGCAAAAGCAUCAGCAGAAGACUGUGGAGUUGGAUUGCUUAAGACACAUUCAUCACAUAUUGAAGAAUGCUAUCUUAGAAGUCAGCUUAUUCAGCAGAAGUGUGAACUCCAAGGGAGCAAAUAUUUUGUUUGAUGAUCUCUACCCAGAAUGGGGUUACCUUUACCAUACGGUCAAGCACUGCAACAUACACACACAAGCAUUGAAGCUCAAGUAUUCUUGCGGGAAAUAAUAAAAUUUCGACCAGUUACUUACAUUUAGUAAAUAUAUUUUCUUCUUUCAGACUGUUAGUAUAGUCUCUUGGGGCAGAAAUGAUCCUAGAAAUGAGUUAACCAAGCUAAACCGGAUCCAAAUUACAUAAAUUUUGUAGUAAACCAGUAUCGCAAGGAGCCCACACCCGGCCCAUUAACGAAAACAAGGCUUUAAAACGAACGGAUCUGAUUUAAUCACAUAUCCAUCAGGAUUGAGUCGGCGGAGGCGGAGCCAUAAAAGUAAAACCUCCGGCGAGAUUUCGAUUAACGAGAGAGAAAAAAUAAACCCGAAUUUUUGAAGCGAUCGAAAGAGAAAAGGGGCAAUCAUGGGGAUGAAGUUUUUGAACAAGAAGGGAUGGCAUACGGGGAGUCUCCGUAACAUCGAGAACGUGUGGAAGGCCGAGCAGAAACAAGAGGCCGAGCAGAAAAAGCUCGAGGAGCUUCGUCUCCAGAUCGUCCAGGAGAAGGAGCGUUCUUAGUUUCGAUCUCUUCAGGAACAAGCCGGUCUCGUCCCGAGGCAAGAGAGAUUGGAGUUUCUGUAUGAUUCAGGAUUAGCUGUAGGGAAAGGGAGUGCGAGUGGUUCAGGUGUGUCGUUUCAGAAAGAAGAGCAGCCUUUAGCGAAUGCUGCUGAUGCUGGUAAUGGUGCUAGUGAGAAGCCAGAUCCUUCGGCUCCUGGUGCGUUGUUCGAGGAUAAGACGCCCUCUGCUAAUGACUCUUGGAGGAAGCUUCACUCUGACCCUUUGCUUCUCAUCAGGCAGCGCGAGCAAGAAGCUCUCGCUAGAAUCAAGAAUAACCCUGUGAAGAUGGCUCUUAUUCGAAAAUCUGUGGAAGAAAAGGGAAAGGGCAAAGAUGGAGACAAAAAAGAGCACAAGAAAAGGCAUAAACAUAAAAGUGGAAAGCAGCAUCGUAAGGAAACUUCAACCAGACAUCAUUCUGAUUCUGAGGAAGAUUCUAGUGAAGAGAACGGAAGAAAGUCCCAUCAUCACAGAUCAUCAGUGGAUCAUGAUGAACAUUAUGAGAGACGAAAGUCAGAUUUAGACAAAGAGUCAAAAAGUUAUAGUAAGCACUAUGAGAGACAAAGGCCAGAUUUAGAGGAUGAUUCCAAAAGAAGGGACAGACGUUAUCAGCACUAUGAGAGACGAAGGACAGACUUAGAGGAUGAGUCCAAAAGAAGAGAAUGUCACGAUAAGCACUAUGAGAGACGGAGGUCAGAUGUGGAUGAUGAAUCAAAGAGGAGCGAAAAUCGACCAAGUGAGAAGUACCGGUCUCAAGAGGAUAGAAAAAGGAAAACAGAGGAUUUAGACAAUGGGAAGCACCCCUCGAAGGAGAAUGGAUACCAGAAUAGAAGGCGGAAUGGUGGUGGUUCUAAACUAUCGGAGGAGGAGAGAGCUGCUAGGUUUAAGCUAAUGCAAAUGGACGCAGAGGUGCAUGAGGAGCAACGAUGGAGAAGAUUGAAGAAAGCUGAUGAAACAGAUGCAGUGGAAGCUAGCAAGAACAAAAUCUCUACUGGGAAAAGCUUUUUGGACGAGGCUAAUAAAAGUGUGUAUGAAGUUGAGAAAGGUGGAAGCUCGACUAUUGAAGAAAGUGUGCGUCGCAGAAGCUAUUAUUCACAGCGUGGAAAUGAAGCUGAAGGCAAUGCUUUUCGCCGCUAAUGAUGUGUUCCAACACAACAAGGUUUUGCGUCUUUGAAAUGUAACAAAAUUGGUAGUAAAAAAAGAAAAAAAAGUUUGUCUUGAUUACUGGAACGAAAAGCUUUUGAUCUUUGGACUUUGGAUAUGUGAGGCACAAUAGUCUUAAGACCCAUUACGUAGCCCAUUUUGGGGUGGUCCA